AUAAACCCUCAAGCGAUGGUGAAGCUAAUGCUGAAUUUUGCGAUUCUAAGCCUGCUGCUUUGUCUGGCAUCAGCAACCAAAAAGGAGUUGCUUGAGCACCGAAAGAAGAUUUGCAUGCAACCUAGCGACUAUGGCAGCUGCAAGGAAAGACGGUUGCGAUGGUAUUACGAUCCAACGGCCAACGCCUGCAAGCCCUUCACCUAUAGUGGCUGCGGUGGAACCUACAAUCGAUUCGAACGCGAAACCGAAUGCUGGAACUAUUGUAUGGACCCGGAUAUCUUUUACGAAACUAGCUAGGGAUUCCAUAAGUUUUCCCAUGUACAAAGAGAUGGAUGUGGAAUUGGUGGAUAAUAUCUAUUGAAUAAACCGUAUUUGCUUUGAAAUCUUCAGCUAUCAAA